AUGACUGCUGCGGAUAACAACAUUGCCUGCCGCACUGUCAGCUUCAGUGUAGUCAUUCUGAUCAUAUCUUGGGUGUGCUCUCUCCCUCGCACCUUUAGUAUGCUUUCGAAGCUUGGUACAGCCUCUGCGUUUUUCACUUUUAUUUCCGUGCUCCUGGCCACCAUAUUCGCAGGCAUUCAAGCUCACCCUGCCGGAUACGACCCUCGCCCAUCCUUCACAACGGCCGAUGGCACACCUGCUGUUGGUGGUGACCCCAUUGUGACAGCGAUUCCUGUUGCUGGAACAACCUUCGUUGCCGCGCUCAACGCUUUCAUGAACAUCAGCUACACGUUUAUUGGACAGAUCACCCUUCCCAGCUUCAUUGCUGAGAUGAAGGAUCCUCGCGAAUUUCCCAAGGCUUUGUGGGCCUGUACAAUUGCUGAAGUUAUCCUGUUCAGCAUCGUCGGUGCUGUUGUUUACGCAUAUGUGGGAAACCAGUACAUGACAGCCCCCGCAUUCGGCUCGCUUGAACCUCUGUAUAAGAAGGUGGCAUUCUCGUUCAUGAUUCCCACUCUUAUUUUCCUCGGAGUUCUUUACGCGUCUGUGUCUGCCCGCUUCGUUUUCUUCCGUGUCUUUGAAAACAGCCGCCACAAAAACGACCACACUGUUGUUGGAUGGGGUGUGUGGACUGGCAUUCUCUUGGUAACCUGGAUUUUUGCCUUCGUCAUUGCCGAAGUCAUUCCCUUUUUCUCAGACCUCCUGUCACUCAUGUCUUCGCUGUUCGACAGCUUCUUCGGAUUCAUUUUCUGGGGUGUCGCUUACUUCCGAAUGCGCAAGGUCGACGGCAGUCUCGAACUCGUCAAGCAGGGCAAUAUUCGCGCCAUUCUGAUGGCUCUCUUGAACCUGGCUAUUAUCUUGAUAGGUAUUUUUUUCCUCACUGCCGGUACAUAUGCCAGUGUCCAGAGCAUUGUAGACGCUUUCAAUGCCGACCAAGUUGGUGGUGUCUUCACAUGUGUUAGCAACGGCUUGUGA